AUGGGGAAAUGGGCAAAUGGGGAAAAAAGUAACUUGCACCAAGGUCUGUUACCGCAGCUAUUAGGAGUAGCACCAGAGAAGGCCAUAAAACUUACUGUUAAUGAUUUUGUGAGAGAUAAGUUUAUGGCUAAAGAUGGCUCUGUCCCACUGGCUGCAGAAAUUCUUGCUGGUGGCUGUGCUGGAGGUUCUCAAGUGAUCUUUACCAAUCCACUGGAAAUUGUCAAGAUUCGAUUACAGGUGGCUGGAGAAAUUACUACUGGUCCACGAGUUAGUGCCCUCACUGUAUUACGGGACUUAGGCUUCUUUGGUCUCUACAAGGGCGCUAAGGCGUGUUUUUUGCGUGACAUCCCCUUCUCUGCCAUUUAUUUCCCCUGUUAUGCUCAUUUGAAAGCUUCGUUUGCAAAUGAAGAUGGGAGGGUUAGCCCUGGAAAUCUGCUCUUGGCUGGAUCUAUAGCUGGUAUGCCUGCAGCCUCCCUGGUCACCCCUGCGGAUGUCAUCAAAACAAGGCUACAGGUGGCAGCCCGGGCAGGACAGACCACCUACAGUGGCGUUGUGGACUGCUUCGUGAAGAUCCUUCGAGAGGAAGGUCCGAAGGCUCUGUGGAAAGGAGCAGGAGCUCGUGUAUUUCGAUCUUCUCCUCAGUUUGGUGUAACUCUGGUGACUUAUGAGCUACUGCAGAGGUGGUUUUACGUGGACUUUGGGGGAGUAAAACCAGCUGGAUCAGAGCCAGUUCCUAAAUCUCGGAUCACACUCCCUGCUCCUAACCCUGACCAUGUUGGUGGUUACAAAUUGGCAGUUGCCACUUUUGCAGGGAUUGAAAACAAGUUUGGACUUUACCUACCUCGGUUUAAGCCAUCGCCACCUACCUCAAAGGCUGCUGCAGCAGUAGGACCCUAAGUUUAUUGCUGUAGGUUUUUUGUUACUAGUUGGGAAAGAGCCACUUUUCUAAUUGGUUAAUACUUUGUUCCUUUAGCUUCUCAUCAUAUGACAGUUUAGCUUCACUUGAGUUUUAAGGCAAUUUUCAUCUUAAAUGUAAUCAUGUGUCUUUGUGCUUCCUUAACCAGAUCACUGUGAAAUUCUUACCAGUUGUUUUAAGUUUGGGACCAUGAAUGUAUUUGUCCACAUCUGACAUGUGCUUGUGUUGGGAAGACACUAAUUUUAGGUUCUGUUCAUUGGGGAGGGCUGGGU